AUGAGCAGCGAGCGCACCCAGAAUGUCUCCUCUGCAACAUACUCCUCUCCCCCCUCAGUGAGAAUUCGCUCAUCUCAGAAUGCACGCUCGGUACCGUCUUCAGCUCUUACGCAGCAGAGACAAUCCCAGGCAGCCACGGACGAUGAUAGCAUGCCUUCCCUGUCUGCUCGGUCAGUCGACUCGGAUUACGAAGAUGACGCGACGAAUACCUUGGAACAGACACUACUAGAACCUCUGCUAGAGCAUGUAGGGUCUCUCCCUGCUGGCGGCCGUGUGGUCGUUGAGGUCGCUUCCUCGCCACCGUUGGUUUCCCCAGGUGCUGUCCAAGACGUCCCGCUUCCCCCUCUCCCGAGGCCAGGUGCCCGCGGUGGUGGAGAAUCGGAUGCAGAAAGCUUGCCAUCUCUGCAGACCGUGUCUGACUCAUCUGACGAUGGCUGGACGGAUGAAGAGGGCGAGGAGGACGAGGAAAGCGACGAAGACGAGGAGGAGGAGGAAGGUGGGGACGAGGAGGACGAACCGGAGAAUGACUCUGCAUUCAAUUCAUUGCCUCAUCUCGGUCCCGCCAGUCUUCCCCGUGGUGCAGUGCGGCUAAUGCACACGCUGACUAGGGCUGUCGCAGAGGCAGGGGAAGGGUGGGUGGGGAUGGACUUCGGGGGCGUAGAUCAAAAUGGCGAUACUUACAUCCUUGGAGGCCCUGGGUCUGACUCAGUGAGGCGGAUGUUCUCAUCACAGACUGAGGAUUCACGAAACUUUGGAACCGACAUUAUGUUCAGCACCAUGCGUCAGGUUCUCGACGCGUUGGGCAGUCCUGCUGUCCCGGAACACGACCCAAAGCGCGCACAAACAAUCUUGAAAGCGCUCGAAAUCGUCCCCGAGGACCUCGUGCGGCGUUAUGAGAAGCUCAGAGCCGGUCAGGAGGGCGAGGAGAGUGAAGGGUGCGCAGUAUGCCGGGAGAGCUUCCUGGACCCUACAGCCUACGAGACGACGGUGGCUGUUCAGUUUACUGAGCUGCCGUAUCCCGGAAGUGAUGACAGCAGUUCUAUUGAAACUCCAUCCAUUCUCGCCUUUCCGUGUCCCGGCAUGCACCUCUUCCACUCACACUGCAUAUCACCUUGGCUAGGGCGCAAGACAACUUGUCCGACAUGCAGAUUUGACGUGGAUCCAGAUUCCCUUACGUUGACGUUCCUUCGCGAUAUCAGGCAGCGUUCGAAUCACCCACUCGCUGAUAAGCAGUGGAGUCCACCGCCACGGAGAAGUUUCAAACGAUGGCUGGAGCGGGAAGAGAGGAAGCUGGGAGGCGAGAGCGUGUCCGAUUUCGAGUCCGACGUUGUCGAAGAGUGUGCCAAUGACUUCACAGACGACGAAAGCGACGAUCUCCCUCCCUUGGAUGCCGAUCAAUUCGCUACAGGAAACUCUGCCUCUAUCCCCGCUAUGUUUCAGAGCAACUUGCCCGGUGCGGAACCACCCCGUGAUGUUGCAAGUUUUUAUAACAUCGACCCGAUUACUCGGGAAAGCAUGCUAGCGGCCCUGCUUCCCAUCAUGGACAUGACUAUAGAUCCGACUGGCAGCUUUACACCACCAGGAGGCGAUGAGGAAUCUGAGGACGAGUGGGAAGAUGACGAAGAUGACGAUGCGCUACCCCCGCUGAUUUCGUCUGGCCAUGGCCCUGUCGCCUCAUCGACGCAAUUCCAGGGGUCAGCGCCUCACAGCGGUGACGGUGCCGUCACUGAACUGCCUCCACUGAUCAAUACCACAAUCUAUGCCUCAUCAGGACCCGCACAACCUGGUCCGCCAUCGUGGCCGCCUUACGAGAACGAUGACGAGAACGACGAGCUGCCGAUCCUCGUACCCGUACGCCCCCGUGCUACACCAUCGCGGCCUGCUGUCGUUACAGACGAGGAUGACCUUCCCGACCUCGUCGAUGAGCCACCGAGCCAGGUGUCAAUGGAAGAUAUUGACUAAAUUAAGCUUAAUCCUUUCCCUCCAGUAAAGGUAGACCAUGUUAUCGCCUUUGUACUUUUCAUCAUCGUUUUGUCGGGUCAGUGGUGAGGAUAGGUAAUCUGUGAUCGUAAGCAAUGUAACGGUAUCCCUUUCAAAUAAUAACCUGCAUAAGUUCCUGUCAACGCUCGUCUGAUUAUGUAAGCUGCUUUAGCCACCC